AGAAGAACAAAAAGUACAGUUUAGUUUAAGAAUUUUACACUUAAUCUUUUUGAUUCCUAAACAGAAUUAUAAAAGAGAAAAAAAAGGAAACAUAACAAUUAAAACAAAUUCUCAAGUUCUUCUCAUUAUUUCUCUGUUUCUUUUAAUUGUCAUUACUUUUACUCUUCACCUUGACCAAUUGACCAACUACACGUCACACAGACAUUUCAUCUCCUUUGUUACCUUUCUCCUUUACUCUCUCCAGUGUUUAUCUCUCUCUCCCUUUCCCUUUAUUGGUGUGUAAAUAAUAAAGUAAUUGGAGUAACAUUCACACCGAUUAAAAAAAUAAACAAAGAGAACAAGAAGAUUAAUAGUAAUUAGAUUAAUUGUUAUACUUUUACCUUGAUUGUUAUUAACACAGAGAAGAGAAUCUCCUUUUCUCUCUCUCUCUCUCAGUUUCUUUCUUUCUCUCUCUCUCUCUCUCCCGCUUUCUCUUUCUUCCUCUGUCUCUCUUUCUAUCUUUUUGUGUGAGUGUCUUUAAGUCUUCAAGUUUUUUUUUCUUUUUCUCUUUUUUUCUUCUUUGUUGCUGUUGCUUUUUUAUUCUCUUCCUUCAAGUUUCACCUUCUUCUCAUUCAUCUUUUUUUUUUGUUCGUUGUUACCUUUUCUCUUUAUUGUUAAUUGUUAAAUCUUCUUCUUGUAGCUUAAUUGUUGUCUUAAUUAUCCACAAUUUCCACAACCUCUUUACUAUGGCUCUAAAGGUGACCCAGGGCCUACUAUCAACAAGUUAUUAUCCAUCAUCGUUACCACUUUUAUCACCAACAUUUCGCAAACAAUUGACCCAAUCUUGGAGUAAAUUGGUUCGAGCUCAUCGAAUAAAUAAAUUCUGUGACCGUCCAUUGACAAUACGAAAUAAUAAUAUUUCCACUGUGACAUCUACUCUUUUACUACCUUCUUCAUCCUCAACAUCUUCAUCUUCAUCAUAUUAUUCAACACCGUUAUCUACCAAAUCAACCGCCGUUUCCACAAAUUCAUGUCCAUUAGAUCAACUUGAUGAUCAACAAUUUAGAUCGAUGUUCGAUACAUGGGACACUCAAAUCCCAUCGAAUGAUAGUAAUAAUAAUAAUAUCAAUGAAUCUUCAAUGACUGGUCAAUGUCCAUUUUCUGGUUCCAAAGGAUUCCAAUCAAUUAGAUCCCAUGAAAAUAUUAAUAUUAGUAUAAAUAGAGACAAUUAUUUAAAUAAAAAUAGUGAUGAUUCAAUUAGUAAAAGUGUUAAAUCAUUCGAUGAAUUACCAACACCCAAAAGUUAUCCAAUUGUUGGUACAACAUUGACCUUAAUGGCCUUUGGUGGAGCAGCUCAUCUACAUGAAUACUGUGAUUCCCGACACAAGGAAUUAGGUCCAAUUUAUCGUGAGAAAUUAGGACCAACUGAUUGCGUUUUUAUCGCUGAUUCUUCAAUGGUUCAGAAAGUUUACUCCAAUGAGGGUCGAUUCCCUAAUCAUUUAGUACCCGAGGCUUGGACCAUUUAUAACGAGAUGACCGGUAUAAAGAGAGGCCUUUUUUUCAUGGAUGGACCUGAAUGGGAAAAGCGUAGAAAAGGAUUGAAUAAAAUUUUCCUCUGUCAACCAGUAAUCUCCGAUUAUGCCGAAGCAUUUAAUCAAGUUGUUACCGAUGUGAUAACCAAAUGGAGUGAUUUGGUCAAUCAAAAUGAACAAAAUAUCCAAUCCAAUCAACCUCGUUCAGGACUAUUAACUCAACUCGAACAAGAACUUUAUAACUGGUCAAUUGAAUCAUUAGGAACCAUGAUUUUCGGUCGUCGAUUGGGCUGCGUUGAAACGUCAAGUGAAUUAAAGUAUAAAACUCAUAAAAUGGAAAAUGUUCAUCUAUUUGUUCAAUGUGUUCAGCAAUUGUUUGUCGAAUCUGCGAAAAUGACACUUUUACCCGCACGAUUAGCACAACGUUUUAACCUUCCCGUUUGGCAGCGGUUCAUGGCAGCAGCAGGUCAAGCGCUAAACUUAGCUCGAGCUUACGUUGCAGAAAACGUUGCAGCGACACGAGACAAUCCUGAGAAUGGAUCUAGAGGAGUCUUGGAAAUGCUUCUAGCUCAACCUCGAAUAGAUCAGGAUGAACUGAUCAGAAUUAUUAUUGACCUAUUCCUGGCUGCAGCCGAUACGACUUCACAUGCAACCCAAUGGGCACUUUAUCUUUUAUCAAAAAAUCCAGAAUAUCAGCAGAAAAUAUUGGAACAGGUAGAAUCGGUUGUCGGUAAAAAUGGAACCGUUAAAACUGAACAUCUUAAACAUUUCACCUUAGUUAAAGGAGUAAUCAAGGAAACACUCAGACUUUACCCUGUUGCUCCAUUUAUUAGUCGUAAACUUGAUCGUGAUAUCGAAUUAGGAGGAUAUAAUAUUCCAGCCAAUUCUUUAAUCGGCAUCUCAUUGUAUACAACGGGUCGAGAUGAAAAGUAUUGGCCUGACGCUAAAUCCUUUAAGCCUGAACGAUGGGUUAGAGAUGAAUCGAAUAGGAAAAUAAUAAAUUCUCAUGCAAGUUUACCUUUCGGAUUCGGAAUAAGAUCUUGUGUUGGUCGACGAGUUGCCGAAAUUCAAAUGCAAUUCUUACUAUCAAGGAUUAUUCAAAAAUUUUACCUCGAACCAGGAAAUGCUGAUGACAUUGGAAUUAAACUUCGUAUGAUAACAACUCCAGAAUCACCGAUUCACUUACGAUUAAUUGAUCGAUCAACAGUUUGACCAUAAUGAUUUUAUAAUAACUGAAUUCCCACCCAAUUGAUUUUUCAUAUACUAUUAAUAAUAUUCAUCGAAAGAAAAAAAAAGAAAACUUAAUCAUCUUCAUCUUCAACCAACAAAUCAAACAUUUAGAUCAUGACUUUUAAUCUUAACUGUAAAUCGUCUCGAAGUGUCUCUGGAAACGGAAACUUUAAUAUCGCAGUUUGUGAUUCACUGGAUUUCACCAUUAACCCACCGUUUUGUGAUCUUAAAUUCAAAUCAAUUCAAAGUCAUCGAUAAACUAAUUAUUAUAAUAAUAACUUUUUGUUAGAUGGAAAUAAAAAUACUGACAACAAUCAACACAAACUCUCAAGAAUCUCAUCUCACCAGAACUUUUUAAUCUUUUUCUAUAUCAAUUUCUUAAUAUUCAUCAAAAUGUAUUCUCGAUUUUAUCUUCAUCAUCCAUCAUCCAUCAUUAAUUAUUACAUGAAGAAAAAAAACUUUGACGCAACAAUUAAAAUUAUCCCUCCAAUGGACAUCGAUUAAGAGACAAAGUGAUAAACAAGAUAAAUCGUAAUCUAUUUACAAAUGGAAUUGAUUGAGAAAAUUUCUAUUGUAUCAUUAACAAUACAAAUUAUUUUUACAUCGAAAUCAAAAAUGACUCAUCUAAUUAAAUGGAAUCACAAUUUAACUAAUCAAUUGGGAUCACAAACAAACAAUUCUUACCUUUCCAGCUAAUGUUCAUCAUCCAAGACAAUUACGAUUAUCAUGUAUUAAUAUUAAUAGUUAAUCAAACUUAAUCCUUUCCAUUUCUCAUUCUAAUCCAUUCCUUUUUCUUAUUAUUAUGUGUACUUGAUGAAAGAUUAUCCAUUUCUAUGAUGAUUAUAAUAAGAGAUAUGCUUAAUUGUGAUAAACUUUGUCAGUUAAUUGUUUUACCUUUUAUUUGUAUUCUAAAAUCCAAUUGAAUGUUUAUCAAACUCUUAAAUGGACAAAGUAAAGAGACAAAGACGAAAAAUAGAAAACAAAAAAGUAACAAUUUGAUAAUCAAUCAAAUCCAUGAUAAAAUCUAAUCAAUUGUAAUCUGAUCAACUGUAGUUAAUUGUAAACAACAAAUAUUUACAUUAAAUGAAAAAAUUAUAAAUAUACAAGGUAAUAAAUUAAUUCUCGAACUCCAAUUAUAAUCAAUAUAUUGUUGGUUUUAAUGUCAAACGUGAAUGAGAUGAGGAAGCUCAUUUAUCCAAUUGUUUUGAUCAUCGUGAUGGUCAUUUGUUAAUUGUGAUCAAUUUCGGUUUCAAUUAAAGUUUUCCCAAGUAUUUGGACUAUUAGAAUUAACUAAAACUAUUGAAGUUUUUUUGGAAAAGUUUUUUCAGUUUUUAUUUGCGACGAAAAAAAAAAAUAAUAAUAAUAUGAUCAAUUUGAUUCGCUUCGGUUUUGUACUAUUCGUUUUGAUCUGUAACUUUUUCCCGUCCGUUUUGACCGCUUAUAGGGGACGAUUAACGCGAGGAGAAGGUCAACCUUCCAGUGGUGGUGUAGUUCCUGUUUAUUAUCCACCUUAUAAUCCAAUUGAUAUGGAACAAUUUAGAUCAAUGAAGGUUCUAAGUGAAAUUGAACGUCGAAUCCCGAUGACAUUACAAGAAGCUUUGAAAAUGGUUCGAAGGCAAAAGAUGCAAAGUUGUGUUGCUCUCAUCAUUUGUACUUUGGCCUGUGAUCCCAAAUCUCAAGGAGCCGCUGGUGAUGAAGCUUAUAAACAGUUAAUUCACUUUAGCCAUGUAACAAAUAAUUCAACAGUCAAAUUACCCGAUCAUCAAUUGAAGGAUAUCGCUUUGUUCAGAGAUGCCGAAGCCAAGGGAACGUCACAUCGAAAUAAUUGUGACCUUUGUACAAAGGACUAUCCUCGAUGUCGAAAGCAGAUCACCGAUUUACUCAAGAUGUUCCUUAAUUUCGAUAUUUCUGAUUGAGUUUUUUAUUCUCUCCAGCGAGAUUAAUAGUGUUACGAUAUAUCGAGCGUCAUCUUUGUAACUUUAACUGUUUGCAAAUGAUUAAAAUGUUUAAUUGAAUGAUGGAAAAAGUUGAUUUGGUUCAAUCCAACAACUAAUUUAAUCUGAUUAUCACCAUGUAUUUGAA